AUGAAGGUCUUCCUCCGCCUGGGGGGCUGCCUGGAGGCGGGGGGGCCGCCCGAGGGGGCGCUGCUCAGCCGCACGCGCUGGUACUGCCCGCCCGCCCAGGCGCCGGCGACGCUGCGGGAAGAGGCCGGCGACGGGGCGGUGUACGCCGUGAGCUGCCGCGCGUCGGGGGGCGCCGUCGGGGGGGCCUGCUGCUCCUCCCCGGAGGACCCGGAGGCGCCGGCGGCGCGGGCUCGCUGGGGGGGGCUGGUGCGGCACCUGCUGGAGGCCCCCGCGCUGGGCGACGCCGCCUUCCGGCCCGCCUUCCUGGCCACCUACCGCGCCUUCGCCGCCCCCCGCCUGGCCCUGGCCCAGCUGCUGCACAGCCUGCAGGCGCUCCAGGACGCCGGCUCAGAGGUGUUUCCCGACGAGGCCCACCUGCAGCGGGCGCUGGGACCCCUCCUCUGCUCGUGGCUGGAUGGGUACCCGGAGGACUUUGUGGGCCUGGAGCCCAGCCUGCGGGAGCAGCUCCUGGCCCGCCUGCGCUGGGCCCUCAGGGGCAGAUCCGAGCACGAGAAGCCCCUCAUCCUGACCCCAGAGGAAGGAGCCCCGGUGGCGCAGGAGGGGCCAGAAGAAGACGAGGCCAUUGGGGAGGAUCAGGACCCUGACCCCCGCUACAUCCUGGGCCUCCAGGCAGACGAAGUGGCGGCCCACCUCACCGCCAAGGAUGCCGAGCUCUUCCUCCGCCUGGUGCCCCACGAGUGCCUGGGCUCGCUCUGGUCUCAGCGCGACAAGAAGGGCCGCGAGGGGGCCUGCCCCACGGUCCGGGCCACCGUGGCCCAGUUCAACCGGGUGGCCAACGCCGUCGUGGCCUCCUGCCUGAGCGACACAGGGCUGCGUGCCGCUCAACGGGCCAGGCUCCUGGAGAAGUGGAUCCGCGUGGCCGAGGAGUGCCUCUCCCUGCGGAACUUCUCCACCCUCUACGCCGUGGUCUCUGCUCUCCAGUCCACCCCGGUGCACCGGCUCAAGCGGGCCUGGGAAGAGACGUCCAGGGACUGCGUCCACUGCUACGCGGAGCUCAGUGCCAUCUGCUCGGAGAAGGACAACUACCGGCAGAGCCGACAGCUCCUCUUUCAGGAAGGCUGCCCUAGUGCCGAGCCCCCGCAGCGGAGGCAUCAGCGGAAAACGCCGGAGCAGCGCCCGACGGGCGUGGUCCCAUACCUGGGAACUUUCCUAAAGGAUCUGGUAAUGCUGGAUGCUGCCACGCGGAAUCGGCUGGAGAACGGGUACAUCAAUUUCGAGAAGCACCGUAAGGAGUUCGAAAUCUUGACCCAGCUGCGCCUCCUGCAGGCCGCCUGCCGCAACUACGCCUUGAAGCCUGACCCCACCCUCCAGUGGUGGCUGCGGCACCUCCCCCGCCUCACCGAGACUCAAAGCCUGCUCGGCUUGAUGGGCAUGGGCACCCCCGUCUCCUGGGACAAGCUCGGCUCCCCCCAGGUGCCGCCUGACCUGCUCUUCUCCCCGGCUCCUUCCCUGGCCCAGCACACGAAGUGGCCCUCGGUCUCAGCACUCGACACGGCCCCAGAGGACGAUGCCCCUUCUUCCCCUGCGGGCCUGGCCCCGCCUCCCGCCGUGGGGGGUGGCUUUAUCCGUGGACACCGGCGCUCGGCUUCCUGUGGGUCAGCCUACCCCACAGCCCCCGCACCAGGGAGCGCCUCAGCCUCCGAGUGCCGCUUCAUCCGUGUGCGCAUGGAGCUGCAGAACGGCACUCUCUACAAGAGCGUCGUGGUAACCAGCCAGGACAAGGCCCCCGCCGUGAUCGUCAAGGUGCUGGAGAAACACAACCAGGAUCGGGGCCAGGCCCCCCACUACGAACUGGUGCAGCUCCUGGGUGAAGGCCGAGAAUUGGUCUUCCCGCCCACGGCCAACAUCUUCUACGCCAUGAACAGCUCAAGUCUGGACUUUGUGCUCCGCCACAAGUGCCCGCACGACUCAAAGCCCCCGCUGCUGCCCCCUCCCCGGACCCCGACACCACGAGGCACUGAAGUCCACGCUACUUUCCCAAAGAUCAAAGCCACCGGGCGCAAGAUCGCCAAGGCCUUCUUCUGA